GGGGAGGACCUCCUACAUAUGUAUACUCCCCAUUCCUGACCCCCAGCAGGAAAACUUGUUAGCAGGCUAGACGUUUGCAAGAAAUAAGGUUCCCUGUGGUUUUGGAGGUCACUCUUUUGCAUCACUUGCAAGAUUGUUUAAAAAUUUCAUGAUACACGGCACUAUCUUUAUAACUUAUAUUCUUGAUUUUAGCUUACUGGACCUUCUAUGUUGCCAACUUUAAACAGUCAAUCAUCAGGCGAUGUUGUUAUAACGGAACGUGUUACUAGAAAUUUGCACUUGCUGAAAAGAGGAGACAUUACCAUUGUAAGAUCUCCACAAGAUCCAACAUCCUGUUGUUGUAAAAGAAUAGCUGCAAUGGUAAGUUACUUUGUUUCCCUAUUUUUAAAUAAAUACCUCAUUUUUUGUAAACUCUUAUUAACUUUAAAGGCUCAGUUUGCACCAUCAAGCUUUGUGCACAUCUGUUAUUGUUAUGAUUUACACAAAGUCUUGAUUAGUGUUAACUUACUGAAGAUUUCUUCCCAGGUACCAAAAGGUCAUGUUUGGUUGCUAGGAGAUAACCCUGAUGACUCUACAGACUCCAGAGAUUAUGGCCCAGUCCCCUAUGGGUUGAUCAGAGGAAGGGUCUGUUUCAAGGUUUGGCCUUUGUCAGAAUUUGGUAGAAUUGAAUAAGUCACAAUUAUAAGGAAAUGCAGUCGAAUAACAUCAGAAAAACAAUGUAAAAAUAUAGGAAAAGUACAAAUGAAAACACCACAAUUCCACUUA